AUGUGUCGGGACGGAAGCUGUAGUUACGCCAACAAAUCAGCUGACAGUUGUGUACCUCCCUUCCCCUCAGCUGGGAGUGGACGGAACCGGUGCUGAGCGAGGGAAACAAGGGCGAGACGAGAGCGGACGAGAGCGGACAAGAGCAAGGAAGGAACCCAGUCUAGAGAACCUCACCGCACGUCCGCACUGACUCAAGCCUUCCGCAUUUACUCACUCCCGCACUCACUCACUCACUCAAUCGCUUACUCACUCACCCAUCGCAGGAGCCUCGCAGCGAACAGGUGUCGGCGCCAUGGAGGGUGUUGAGCCGCGCAUCACCUCCCCGCUCACCCCCUCCGUGCCCCUCGCCCCCCCCUGCCUCGACCCCCCGGAGAACACCCUCUCUAAAAACAACAACCAGGUGUCCACGGUGAUGCUGUACGGCGUGCCCAUCGUGUCCCUCAACAUCGACAACGUGGAGAGGCUGUGUCUGGCGCAGAUCUCCAACACACUGCUAAAGGAGUUCAGCUACAACGAGAUCCACAACCGCCGCGUGGCGCUGGGCAUCACCUGCGUCCAGUGCACGCCCGUCCAGCUGGAGAUCCUGCGGCGCGCGGGAGCCAUGCCCAUCUCCUCCAGAAGGUGCGGCAUGAUCACCAAGCGCGAGGCGGAGCGGCUCUGCAAGUCCUUCCUGGGAGACAACUCGCCGCCCAAGCUGCCGGAGAACUUCGCCUUCGACGUGAUGCAUGAGUGUGCGUGGGGCUGCCGCGGCUCCUUCGUGCCCUCCAGAUACAACUCGUCCCGCGCCAAGUGCAUCAAGUGUCUGUACUGCGCCAUGUUCUACAGCCCCAACAAGUUCGUGUUCCACUCGCACCGCCUCGCCGACAGCAAGUACGUGCAGCCCGACGCCGCCAACUUCAACUCCUGGCGGCGACACAUCCGCCUGUACGGUGACCCGCCCAUGGAGGUGGAGCACGCCUGGGAGGACGUGAAGGCAAUGUUCAACGGCGGCACCAGGAAACGCCUCAUGGCCGCCAACACACAGCGGCGUGUUUUUCCGCAGGGCCAAAGUUCCCGCGUCAAAUCCCCCCGCCUGGAGGCGCCGCUCACCAAGCCCCCUGCCUUCGCGCCGCCCGCCCUCAAGGCCGUGGGCUCUGACCUCUCCUACCCGCCGCCCUAUCUCGCGCCCCUGCCUCACCCCUACCCCGCCCACCACAAGGACGCCCACCAGACCUUCGUGGACUACCUGUGGGGCUCCAGGAGCUCGCUACCGCCCCUGGGGCUGCCCUAUCCCCUGGCGGCCUGGCCCAGACGACCGCUCCCCAGUUUUCCUCCCCUGCCACUCACGGACCCCAGGCCAGACCCCGCCGCAGAACUGCGGCCCCCAGACACCGAGCCUCCCGUCCUGCGGCCCGCCCACCUGUCAGCCUUCACGCCCGUGGCCCGCGCGUCGCCCACGCCCACGGUCAGUGCCAGCAGGGACUCGGGGGCGCCGCUGCCGGACUCCAGCAGGCACUCCGACGACGAGACGGUGGACAUCGAGGCCACGGACGACGACGCAGACUAUCACAGCGACAAUUACAAGAGCGGCGGCUACAAAAACAGCUACUACAAGGCCGACGGCCACAAGGCGGACAGCUACAAGCCCAGCUCCACCAAGCACCAGGGCCUCGAGGCGGGCCACUACAAGGGCGAGGCGUACAAGGCCGAGGACUUCCCGAGCGGCGGCGAGGCGGGCGACGACCAGGCGCCGGGCGAGGCGGAGGUGGAGGAGAGUGGCGGCGCGGCGGCGGGGCUCGCGCGGCACGAGGAGCGCUGCCACAGGGACGAGAAAGGGCAGAAGGAGGAGCGAGCGCGCAGGGAGGAGCCGAGCACGAGGGAGGAGCGGGGCCUGAGGGAGGACUCCGCCCACGCCACGCACCCCCACGGGCGGGGCGGCGGCAGCCCCGUCCCCGCCGCCAGCAGCAGCAGCAGCAGCGGCGGCGGCAUCUUGGAGCCCCCGCGCGGCGCCCUGGAGCUCCCUCCCGCCGCCAGUGACUCCCCCACCAGCGUCAGCGCCACCGAUGAGGACCCGCGGCUCAAGCUCUUCUUCUUGCGGGAGAUGGAAGCUCACCGGCGCGUGGAGCAGAUGGCGCGGCUCAAGUACACCUACACCUCCCACCUGCACCACAGCCUGCACCACAGCCUCCACCACAGCCUGCACGCCGCCCUGCAGCCCACACACCACCUGGCAAAAGACUGGCUCGACUCCUCCUCCAACGUGACGUCUACUCCUUAAGCCUGCACUGAUGGCUCCUUAAUGGUGGCUCACUGGUGGCGACUGGUGGCUCAUGUCUGACUGGCUUGUGAUUCGCCUUGGAUCAGCCCUCUCGCUCCUCCUAAAACUGCGCUGUCUUUGGUGGCUCCGAUGGCUCGUCUGUUGGCCCUAGUACAAGCUUGCUAACCGGAGUGUGACAACGCCCACUCACUCUUAUCGUUCCCCUCUUAGUGGUGUGGAAGAGACUGAGAAGGAGGAUGUGUUACGCGUGUGCUUGGUGGAGAUUGUGGAGGACAGUGGGUAGUGGAAGUGGUGGUGGUGGUGGCGAGGUCAACUUCUGCAUUACGUGGUGUUGUCAUCCAUCACGAAGACUCCAACGGUGAGAUUCAAGGCGAAGAGCUCUUUCAAGAAGCUGAAGGUACGGAGGGAGCGCCGAGGUAAUGCGACAUGUUCCACAGUUUCAGAUCGUUCCAGAUAAUGCCAGACAGAGCUGCCACCUGAGUCAUGACGAGGGG